AUGUUAUUCCACUCGCGUUUCAUUCCCCAUCCUCUCACUGCGUCGCUGCUGCAGCGGCGCGGAAUCACUCGAGCUCUUGAGGGCGAUUUGGCGGCGGCCGCGCGGAGCGGAGCGUCACGCGAUGCCCGCGCGGACGAUGCUGUAUGCGCGCAAGCAGCGAAUGAGCGGGUCGGCGCGAGGGGGGAAGCGAUGGGGGACGCGAGGGGGAACGAGAGUGCGGGUGCAACGUGCGGCGAUAUCGACCGCCGCGAGAUAAAUCCGUUCGGCUCGUCGUGGAGUGGCGAGAACCGGAAUCGCGUUUCAGUCUCGAUCUCGCAAUUCGGAGAUCGCGUUUCGGUGAACCCCGCGGGUGAUUCGGCUUCGCAUGCUUCCAUGCGACCAAUAAAUGCGGCCACAAUGACGCCAGAUGGAGGGGCAGCAGAUGGCGCGGCGAGCAUUGACGGGCGCUGCGACCCGCGGGGUGACGUCUUGACGAUGGCGCCCGAUGGUGGGGCAGCAGAGGGCGUCGCGACGCGGCCGGUUGAUGCGUCGACGAUGGCAGCAGAGGGCGCGGCGAGCAUUGACGGUCGCUGCGACUCGCGGGACGACGACGGCGCCGGUUGGCGACGAGAUGGCGAAGCGGCGAAGCGGGCGAACUCGCUGUCUGUUGCCCUGCGCAACGCGGCGACUGUUGAGGUGAGUGCAGGACGGCAGCCUGCCAGGCGUUUUGCAGCAUCACAGACAACGGCCCGUGUGACGGCCAUGGGGCGUGUGUGCCGGCUGCCCCUACCUCCCCCUCCAACUUCACGUGCCUCUGCGAUGCGGGUGUCGUCUCUGUCGACGGGUGCCAUAGUGGGCAUUGUUCUGGGCUGCUUUGCUGGCUUCACUCUGCGGGCUGCGGUGGUCGCAUGGCUGCUGUGGCCCCGCGGACCAAAGAAGUGGGAGGGGUUGGACGUGUGUGAGCAGUUCACGCUGCAGCAGAUGCUGAGUGCCACCAACAACUGGUCGGAGGAAAAUGUGCUGGGCAAGGGAGGCUUUGGCAUUGUCUACAAAGGCCGCUCGCCACAGGGCCAGCUGUGGGCCAUCAAGCGAUCCACCAUCAUGACCAACGACUUUGAAACGGAGGUGCGAGCCAUGGGCUCUCUCCACCACACACACCUCGUGCGCCUGCUGGGCUUCUGCCUGGACCAGAACGUGGAGACGGGCAAGCAGGAGCAGAUCCUCGUGUACGAGUUCAUGGCCAACAGGGACCUCCAGUACCAUAUCCACAGGACCAAGCCUAUGAAGCUGGUGGAGGCGUAUGAGGUAGAUGAGCUGAGGGACAGCACGAUGCCGGCGGCAAGCGAGGAGGCCAUAGUGGACUUUGCAGACCUGGCUCUGGACUGCAUCAAGUCUCCCGGCACACGGCGACCCACCAUGAAGGAUGUGGCGUACCGCCUCAGUGCCUUCAUUGCCAAGCACUGCCCCGACAGGGAGGACGAGUGGGAGAGUGUCGCGAAAGAAGAGAGUGAAGGCAACAAGGGCAUGUCUUCAAGGGAUGUUUCUUCUACAUCGCUUGAAGACAGUGGGAGGGAGUCUGGCAGGUCUCAAGGCUCGCAGUCUUGUGCGAGCUCAUUCAUGCGCAUUGGCUUGAUAGGUCUCCCUCUCUGCACCGGCCCACCCCAUCCCCUUGCUCCAAGCGCCUGCUCGGCUGACUCUUGCCUCGCCGCAACACCCGUCCGCUGCCUGCUUCCCCUCCGCUGCCCCCCUCCCGCCCGCUGCUCCCCUCGCCUCUUCUGCCCCCAACCCUCACUGCUGGCGUCACAGCCUGCUGUCGUGCCCUCGUCGCCCUCUCCUGUCUUGUGUCAGUGCGGGACCGUCGCAUGGGAGGUGGUGCGGGCACUGUUCCAGCCUCUUGUUUUGCACAUGCACCCAUCUGCUCCCUCUCCUCCCGCUGCUCCCUUUUCUCCUGCUGCUCUCGCGCCCGCCUCUCCUGCCUUGUGUCAGUGCGGGACCGUCGCAUGGGAGGUGCUGUGGGCACUGUUCCAACAUCUGGUUUCGCACAUGCACCAAUCAGCUCCCUCUCCUAACUUUGCUCCCUCUGCUCUUUCUGCUCUCGCUGCUCCCUCGCCCGCCUCUCCUGCCUUGUGUCUGUGCGGGAUCGUCGCAUGGGAGGAGGUACAGGUGCUUCCUUUCCUGCAUCGUGCUUCACAGACUCACCCAUCUGCUCCCACUGCUCCCGCUGCUUUCAUGCCCGCCUCUCCUGCCUCGUGUCUGUGCGGGAUCGUCGCAUGGGAGGAGGUACAGGUGCUGGUGAUAUGA